UGAUUUUUUUUUAAAUUUUAGUCUCUUUUGAUCCUCUCUAUAUAUACAAAUACAAAAUCACCACUUUCUACUAAAAUAGCUCUCUACGUUUCUUUUCUCUCUCUGAUUGCAACUAUGAUGCAAGAAUUGGGCUUAGAACGUUUCUCCAACGAUGUCUUUCCCUUAGACCUCACUCCUCCUUCUCAAACCUCAUCUACUUCUCUUUCCAUCGACGAAGAGGAAUCUUCGGAGGCCAAGAUCCGGCGGCUGAUAUCGGAGCAUCCAGUGAUCAUCUUCAGCAGAUCUUCUUGUUGCAUGUGCCACGUCAUGAAAAGCCUCCUUUCAACAAUCGGAGUCGUCCCCACCGUCAUCGAGCUUGAUGACCACGAGGUUUCCUCUCUCCCCAUGGCUCUUGAAGAAGAAUAUUCCGGCGGCCGCUCCGUCGUUGUUCCUCCGCCGGCGGUUUUCAUUGGCCGUGAGUAUGUCGGUGGUCUUGAGUCCCUUGUUGCUCUUCAUCUAAGUAGUCACUUGGUCCCUAAGCUUGUCCAAGUUGGAGCUCUUUGGUUAUGACUUGCUUUUUAAUAGUAUCAAAAAGCAGAAACUUAGGGUUUUUUUCUGAUUAUUAUCCGAUGAUCAGAACCAAACACCCAUGUAUAAAAUGAAUUAUGAGAAAUAAUAAUUAAAGAUGUGUAAGUAGUGAAUUUUAUGUAAUUUUGCUUUCUCAUUUUCUCUAUCACUUGCUAAAGUAUAUACAUAAAUCAUCAAACUUAUUUAUGAAUCAUCGGACAGGUUAGGACUAAUAAAAUAUAAUCUAGUUG